UCUCUUUUUGACAUUUUAUGUAGAUUACUUGAGGCCUUUCAAAGGUCACGCAUCGCCCCUAACAUAGGGCUUGCAACACAGAAAUAUCGAGCAGCCACUGAAAUGAUGAAAGAAAUUGAAGCUUUGGAGCGAAAGCUUUUCUUUGAGCAAGUUGCUCUGAAUGUUACAGAAAAUAGAUGUGAUUUUCUGGAUGACAACUACCGGUAAUUGAAUUGCUGUUUAAUAACCGUACACUAUGGCGUUAUUAAAAAGUUAAAUACAGAAGUUCUUCACACACACAAAAAAAACAUGAGUUCUGAAAUAAUCAGAAGACUCUAUUAUAGUACUCUGUCGGUGUAUAGAGAGUUUGGAGAUCGGCAAGUAUGGAGGGGAGGGGAGAGAACGAAACCUAGUGCUCUCAAAUGAGGCAACUCAGAAAAAAAAUCAUUUCAAGCUGUAAAUAUGUUUUAUCUCUUUUUACAGUCUUCUUCACGACAACGAGACAAGCCUUUACUGGCAGAAGUCAUCCUGUCAAACAAACCUGGAGGCCUUGAAAAAGAAACAAGAGGCCAUUCAGUUCAGUCGAUUCAAAGACGAAAAUCCGCUGGAACAGUGGGUCGUCUGCUCGCUUCCAAAUCUUUACUUCGGAAGAGUUGAAACCCUAUCAUCAUGGCAUUAG